AUGAGACUGAAAAGAGAUGGAAAAGAACAGGAGUACAAGAAAGGUUUAUGGACAGUGGAAGAAGACAAGAUCCUCAUGGAUUAUGUCCGAACUCACGGCCAAAGUCAUUGGAACCGCAUCGCCAAGAAAACAGGACUCAAGAGAUGUGGGAAGAGCUGUAGAUUGAGAUGGAUGAACUACUUGAGCCCUAAUGUAAACAGAGGCAAUUUCACUGACCAAGAAGAAGAUCUCAUCAUCAGACUCCACAAGCUCCUCGGCAAUAGAUGGUCUUUGAUAGCAAAGAGAGUUCCGGGAAGAACAGAUAACCAAGUAAAGAAUUAUUGGAACACUCAUCUUAGCAAGAAACUCGGUCUUGGAGAUCAUUCAUCUGCUGCCAAACCGGCUUGCGACUCGGAGACUCCACCGACUUUGGUCCUCACAACCACAACUUCUUCCUCGCAUCAGGAUAUCACCAGCGAAAAGGUUUCAAACUUAAGAUUGGAUACUUUACUUAACGAGUCCAAACCCAAACCAAAACCCAAACCGGUCCGCUUAUUACAAACGAACGUCGACGUUGCAGCUACGGUUCCAAAUCUGUUCGACACUUUUUGGGUUCUUGAAGACGACUUCGAGCUUAGUUCACUCACUAUGAUGGAUUUUGCUAAUGCGUAUUGA